AUGGGAUAUGGAACAAGAAAACUCUCAGAUGAAUAUGAAGUUUCAGAAAUUCUAGGUAGAGGUGGAUUUUCUGUUGUUAGAAAAGGUACAAAAAAAUCAAGCAUUGAAGAAGAAAAAUCACAAUCACAAGUAGCAAUCAAAACCCUAAGAAGGUUAGGUGCUUCAAAUAACCCUAGUGGAUUACCAAGAAAAAAAGAUAUUGGAGAAAAAAGCACAAUAGGGUUCCCUACAAUGAGACAAGUUUCAGUUUCAGAUACAUUACUAACAAAUGAGAUACUUGUAAUGAGACGAAUAGUCGAAAACGUUUCGCCACAUCCAAAUGUGAUUGAUCUUUAUGAUGUAUAUGAGGACACAAAUGGUGUUCAUCUUGUUCUUGAGCUUUGUUCCGGUGGUGAACUUUUCGAUAGGAUUGUUGCACAAGAUAAGUAUAGUGAGACUGAAGCUGCAACUGUGGUUCAUCAAAUAGCUUCAGGGUUAGAAGCUGUUCAUAGAGCUAAUAUAGUUCAUAGAGAUUUGAAACCUGAAAAUUGUCUUUUUUUAGAUGUUAGGAAAGAUUCUCCUCUUAAGAUUAUGGAUUUUGGGUUGAGUUCUGUUGAAGAGUUUACUGAUCCUGUUGUUGGUUUGUUUGGAUCUAUUGAUUAUGUUUCACCUGAGGCUCUUUCUCAAGGAAAGAUUACUACUAAGAGUGAUAUGUGGUCUCUUGGGGUUAUUCUAUAUAUCUUACUUUCAGGGUAUCCACCUUUCAUUGCCCAAAAUAAUCGCCAAAAACAACAAAUGAUAAUGAAUGGGAAUUUUAGUUUUUAUGAGAAGACUUGGAAGGGAAUUUCACAACCAGCAAAGAAUUUGAUUUCAAGUCUUUUAACCGUUGAUCCUAGCAAGAGACCUAGUGCUCUUGAGCUUCUAAGUGAUCCAUGGGUCAAAGGUGAGAAAGCCAAAGAUGUUCAAAUGGACCCUGAGAUUGUCUCAAGGCUACAAAGCUUUAAUGCAAGACGUAAACUUCGUGCAGCUGCAAUUGCUAGUGUUUGGAGCUCCACAAUCUUCCUUAGAACAAAAAAAUUGAAAUCAUUGGUUGGAUCCUAUGAUCUUAAAGAAGAGGAAAUUGAAAAUCUCAGGAUGCAUUUCAAGAAGAUAUGUGCAGAUAGAGACAAUGCAACUCUGUCAGAGUUUGAGGAGGUGUUAAAAGCAAUGAAUAUGUUAUCAUUGAUCCCUUUUGCUUCUCGUAUAUUUGAUUUGUUUGACAACAACCGUGAUGGAACAGUUGACAUGCGUGAGAUACUUUGUGGAUUUUCCAGUCUCAAGAAUUCCAAAGGAGAGGAUGCUCUUCGUUUGUGCUUCCAGAUGUAUGAUACAGAUAGAUCAGGCUGCAUCAGCAAAGAGGAAGUAGCAUCCAUGCUCAGGGCUUUGCCAUAUGAUUGUCUUCCAACUGAUAUCACUGAACCUGGAAAAUUGGAUGAGAUUUUUGACUUAAUGGAUGCUAAUAAUGAUGGAAAAGUUACAUUUGAUGAAUUCAAAGCUGCUAUGCAAAGAGAUAGCUCUCUUCAAGAUGUAGUUCUCUCUUCUAUUCGUCCAUAA